AUGAGAGGCGCUCGCGGCGCCUGGGAUUUCCUCGGCGUCCUGCUCCUUCUCCUCCGCGUCCAGACAGGCUCUCCUCAGCCAUCUGGGAGUCCAGAGGCAGUGUCUCCACCAUCCAUCGAGCCAGCGGAAUCACAGUUAAUUGUCAGUGCCGGCGACACGAUUAGGCUGCUGUGCACAGAUCCAGCCUUUGCUAAAUGGACUUUUGAGUUCCUGGAUCGAGUGAGUGAGAAAAAGCAUGCCGAAUGGGUCACCGACAAAGCUGUGGCCAGCAACACAGGCCGAUACACGUGCACCAAUGAAGGCGGCUUAAGCAGUUCCAUUUAUGUUUAUGUUAGAGAUCCGAACAAGCUUUUCCUGGUGAAUGAGCAACUUCUGUAUGGAAAAGAGGGGAGUGACUUGAUGGUGCGCUGCCCGCUGACAGACCCCCAGGUGUUGGACUACUCCCUGAGGGACUGCCAGGGAAAUCCUCUUCCCGAGGACUUGAUGUUUGUCACUGAUCCCCAAGCUGGCAUCACCAUCCAAAAUGUGAAGCGCACCUACCACCAUCUCUGUGUGCGCUGCUCUGCAGACCAGGAGGGCAAACGGGUGCUGUCAGAAAAGUUCAUCCUCAAAGUGAGAGCAGCCAUCAAAACGGUGCCAAUUGUCUCUGUAUCCAAGGCUAGCUCCCUCCUUAGGGCAGGGGAAGAAUUUGUGGUGACGUGUACAAUCAAAGAUGAGACUAGUUCUGUGUGGUCAAAGUGGAUGUGGGAAACUGGACAGCAGGUAAAAGCAAAGGUCACCCGUACAAGCCGGCAUAAUGUUGGGUUCUCCUAUGAACGUCAGGAAAUGUUGACAAUCAGCUCAACAAGAGUUAAUGAUUCUGGAGUAUUCAUGUGCUAUGCCAAUAAUACAUUUGGAUCAGCAAAUGUCACAACCACCUUGAAAGUAGUAGAUAAAGGAUUCAUUAAGAUCUCUCCCAUGGUGAACACUACAUUGUUUGUAAAUGAUGGAGAAAAUCUAGUCUUAAUUGUGGAAUAUGAGGCGUACCCUAAACCUGAACACCAGCAGUGGAUUUAUAUGAACAGAACUUCCCCUGAUAAGUGGGAGAAUUAUCCCAAGUCUGAGAACGAAAGUAACAUCAGAUAUGUAAGUGAACUUCAUCUAACCAGGUUAAAAGGGUCCGAAGGAGGCACUUACACAUUUUCAGUGUCCAACUCUGAUGCCAACUCUUCCGUAACAUUCAGUGUUUAUGUGACCACAAAACCAGAAAUCCUGACUUCUGACAGGCUCGUGAAUGGCAAGCUCCGAUGUGUGGCUGAAGGAUUCCCAGAGCCCGUAAUAGAGUGGUAUUUUUGUUCAGGAAUUGAGCAGAGUUGCUCCCAGCCUAUCCCACCGGUGGAUGUGCAGACACAAAACUCAUCGGUGUCACCGUUUGGAAAACUAGUGGUUCAAAGUGCAAUCGACUCCAGCACAUUCAAGCACAAUGGCACGUUUAAGUGUGAGGCUUACAAUGAAGUGGGCAAGAAUUCUGCCCAUUUUAACUUUGCAUUUAAAGGUAACAACAAAGAACAAAUCCAGUCCCACACCUUGUUCACACCUUUGCUGAUUGGCUUUGUGAUUGCCGCCGGUCUGAUGUGCAUCGUCGUCUUGAUUCUUACCUACAAAUAUUUGCAGAAACCCAUGUACGAAGUGCAGUGGAAGGUUGUGGAGGAGAUCAACGGCAACAAUUAUGUUUAUAUAGACCCAACUCAACUUCCUUAUGAUCACAAAUGGGAGUUUCCCAGAAACCGGCUAAGUUUUGGGAAAACCUUGGGAGCAGGAGCGUUCGGGAAAGUUGUGGAGGCUACUGCAUAUGGCUUAAUCAAAUCUGAUGCGGCGAUGACGGUGGCCGUGAAAAUGCUGAAACCAAGUGCCCACUUAACGGAACGCGAGGCCCUGAUGUCUGAACUCAAAGUCCUGAGUUACCUGGGCAAUCAUAUGAACAUUGUCAAUCUUCUUGGAGCAUGCACCAUUGGAGGGCCCACCCUGGUCAUUACAGAAUAUUGUUGCUAUGGUGAUCUUUUGAAUUUUUUGAGACGGAAACGUGAUUCAUUUAUUUGCUCCAAGCAGGAAGAUCAGGCAGAAGCAGCACUUUAUAAGAACCUUCUUCAUUCAAAGGAGGCCUCAGUCAGUGACAGUACUAAUGAGUACAUGGACAUGAAACCUGGAGUUUCUUAUGUUGUCCCAACCAAAGCAGAGAAAAGGAGAUCUGCCAGAAUAGGCUCAUACAUAGAACGAGAUGUGACCCCCGCCAUCAUGGAGGAUGACGAGUUGGCUCUGGACCUUGAAGAUUUGCUGAGCUUUUCUUAUCAGGUGGCAAAGGGCAUGGCUUUCCUCGCCUCAAAGAAUUGCAUUCACCGAGACUUGGCAGCUAGAAACAUCCUCCUCACUCAUGGCCGAAUCACAAAGAUCUGCGAUUUUGGUCUAGCCAGAGACAUCAAGAAUGAUUCCAAUUACGUGGUCAAAGGGAAUGCCCGACUCCCUGUGAAGUGGAUGGCCCCUGAAAGCAUUUUCAACUGUGUGUACACGUUCGAGAGUGACGUCUGGUCUUAUGGGAUUUUCCUGUGGGAGCUGUUCUCGUUAGGGAGCAGCCCCUACCCUGGAAUGCCAGUCGAUUCUAAGUUCUACAAGAUGAUCAAAGAAGGCUUCCGGAUGUUCAGCCCUGAGCACGCACCUGCUGAAAUGUAUGACAUCAUGAAGACCUGCUGGGAUGCCGAUCCUCUGAAGAGGCCAACUUUCAAACAGAUGGUUCAGCUCAUUGAGAAGCAGAUUUCUGACAGCACCAAUCAUAUUUACUCCAACUUUGCAAACUCCAACCCCAGCCCCAGCCCCAUCCCUGCAGACCAUUCAGUGCGAAUCAACUCCGUGGGCAGCAGCGCCUCUUCCACCCAGCCUCUGCUUGUGCACGAAGACGCCUGA